AUGCCUACUACAAUUCCAUCCAUCACAGCAAAGGUCAACGAGAGUCAGGUGAAUGAAGAUAUACGUAGACGAGAUCAAAAAAUAGACGAGUUGGAGAGUGAAAUCUUGCAACUAAAAGUGCAACAGUUGAAGCACGAUCAUGAGGAAGAUAAGAAAUUGUUUACAUUGGAGAACUCAUUACAUAAUAUCAAUAGCAAGUUGACUGAAGUGGAGAUGGUUAACAUUGACUUGCGUAACCAGCUAACUCUUUGUCAAAACAUCAUUGAAAAGAAGAACGAAGAGGUCAAAAAGUUGCAGCUGGCACUUAAAGAUCAACAAUCGCUAAUAGCUAGAGAGACACUCAUUUUUCAGCACAAGUUAGACGCACUUCAACAAGAAAUCAAUCGAGUAAGCGAAGCUAGAGUGACCCAUACUGCAAAAAGAGAAAGUUCCAAUCUCGAACAAAAGCGAAAUCUGUUGCGUGAAGAAGUGGAGAAACGAGACAGAGAUAAAUUGGCUGGUACUUAUUUACACUCAGAACUUUGA